AUGCCUUGGAACGGGUGGUGGUGGUGGUGGUGGUGGUCCGCAUCACCCCCUCUUUCUCAACAAAAAAAGAGCAGAGAAGAAAUGAGAAAAAAAACUCUUUCUUCUCUUCUCUCUCCCGUAUUCCGAAAAGGCCGAGCUUCCGUCCGUGGUUUUCUUGGUUGUGUGAGUGUCGGGUGUGAGAUUGUCAUGCGCCUUCGCGUCGCCCUGCCAUUAGGGAACAUCACCAAGUCCCGGAGGCGGUGA